GACGGCGCAAGUCUCGACCGAACCGGCACCUACCAGACGACUCUCGAUUCCCCUCGCUCCUAGGGUUAGCAGCAGCCCUCGCCGCCGCCCCGCCGCCGCAGAGACACACUCCUCCCUACUUGACCGCAGCCACCAGACUUCGCCCAGCCGCAGCCAUUGACGACGCGACCCUGACGCCCUCGUCAGCUGCCGCCGCCGCCGGACUGCAGCCACCCGAUGCCCUCCUCUGUCCCGGACGACGCCACCCUACCUCCUUCCUUUCCUUCCUGCUUCCUGGUAUGGCGGUGAGCGCGCGGGGAUGAUGGAGGCCGUCGGCUCCGGUGACGCGACAGUGCAAGGCAGCCGAUUUCAAGACAUCGGGGAGGGGGACAGAGCCGACCCCAUGACGCCGCCAGAUCUGUCCCCGCCGAUCCCUUCACGGCUGGGGAAGCCCACCUCAUCUUUCUCAAGGCUCAAAGGACGUUGGAAAUCCUCCACGGUGACAAAUUAUGGUAUGGAAAAUGAAGACGUGUUUGUGCCACUUGAUCCGCGACUAGUUUGGGUAAAAAACCGCAAUGUGAACAGAAGGAAGAACUGGGUGCCGUCAUCGUCUGAUCUCAAACUACUUUCGCUCAAUCGUCUUAAACAGCAACAAGCUUGUGAGGAUAACCGCAAGGUGGCUGUGAAGGAUGUAAGUUGGUGGAAGAAGUGGGUGGUGGCGUGGAUGGAUGUGGUGAGUAGGAAGAAGUGGGUGGCAUGUACAGGCAUAUUCAUCAUGCUCAUGCUUGUCAUGGCCGCCAUCCCGCAUGACGAGGACUACCAUGACUUUGCUGACCAACGCGCACUUUUCCUUGGGAUCCCUAAUACGCUGAAUGUUAUAUCAACAAUCCCCCUCUUUUUUGUCGGUCUCGCCGGGCUCAUCCUUAACCACUGCAAAAGCUAUUUCAGGAUAUGGUCACAGGGGGAUCUCUACACACUCUUUGCUACUGUCAUUGCUUCUGGCUUUGGUUCAUGCUAUUACCAUCUCAACCCAAAAAAUGGCACCCUAUUUUUGCACAGAUUGCCAAUGGUGACCGCUUUCACAUUUUUUGAGGUCAUUUUCGUUAUUGAAAAUUUGGAUGAUUGGGCAAGACCAAAGUCCCUUGCAUCAACAAGCUACUGGUUAUGGGCAGCAGGAUUGUACAUCCUUGCUAGAUUAGAAGAGGUUGCGGACAAACGAAUUUAUAGGUGGACUCUUCAGAUUGUUAGUGGGCAUACUCUUGGUCAUUUAUGUGCUUCGAUGGUACCUCUUUUUUUGAUUCUCAUGUUAGCAAAAAAGACAAGGCCAAUUGAACUAGAAAGACGCAUGGCUCCAGUGCAUCAUCAACUAAAGCUUACUUUCAUGGUCUGCUUGUUGGUGCCCAAGUUGAUCUGCCUCUGGGUGCCCAAGAUACAGGUUAGUGUCAACAUUUGCGAACUCGGCAUUCUGAUGUGGGAGUUUGGUGCUUGUUCUGUUAAUCAGGCAAAGAUCUCUGAUCAGCGAGCAGUGUUAGAAACCCCAAUUCGUGCUUGGGAGAUAGUGUCGCGAAUUCAUGGCCUUUGGGGGAUGGACAUUUACAAGAAUAAGGUGCAUCAGUUUUUACAGAGUGUGCGGCAGGAUGAGUCUUUUUUUGGAUUAUGGGGCACGCCGGGUGUUGGCAAGACACGACUUCUUUCACUCAUUGCUGCUAGCUAUGCCGAUUCAUUCCGUCACAUAUUAUUUCUUGAUGGUGGCAGUAGUGUGAGAGUUAUGCAACAUCAUCUUGCUUCUUUAUUGAAAUUGGAUUGGGAGAAGAUGUCGUCGUUACCGGAGCAUCGCCGAGCUAAGAUCAUCACUGAGUUUCUAGUGCAAGACAGUUUUUUGCUUCUAUUAGACAACGUGCAUGAUAGACCCUACCCAGACUUGGUAGCUGUUGGUUUGCCGAUUCCUCUUGGGUGUCAUCAGAAGGUUAUUUUUACAUCGAGGAACCAGAUGAUGUGUGAACGCAUGGGAUGCCCGAUAUCAAAUAUUAUGCAGAUGAAGUGCCUCGGGAACGAAGAUGCUUGGAGACUUUUCAAGUACCACGCGGGAGUCAAAAUCACAGAAGCUGAUGCUGAAAUUUACGAUUAUGCAAAACAGAUGGUUUCUUCAUGUCGUGGGUUACCUAGAGCCAUAUGUGCCAUUGGCAAAGGUGUUGCUCGAGUGACUUGUGGUGGUAAGAAUCUAUUUGCUUGGCAGUUCGCCUACAAGCAAAGCAUGGGCAGAAAUCUACAUCCCGAGCAAAUGGAAGAACUAGCGUUUGUUCUGAUUUAGGCAACUUGUGCGUGGCUCCUAGGAGCUGUGGAGACUUGGUUGGACUUCAUUUCUUGUUGCUGCCGCAAUGAAGUGUUGGAAGAGUCCAGAUGGCGGCAGUUUGAUGCUUACCUGUGAAUAUGGUGUGAUAUGUUUGAUGAUAUUACUUUCUAGUACUCUCUUCGUUCGGAAUUACUUGUCGCAGAAAUGGAUGUAUCUAGACGUAUUUUAAUUCUAGAUACAUCCAUUUCCGAGACAAGUAAUUCCGAACGGGGGGAGUAUGCGUUUUCUUGACUUGUCAGUCUUCUGAUGCCCCUAAACAUAGGGCAGAACACCUUCAUGCUCCAAUGGAAUGCAAGAGGAGAACGGACUUGUUGUGGAUGCUAAA